UUUCCCCUUUAUUUCUCCAAAACAAUUACUAGCCGUUACAAUCUUCAUCUUCUCUCUCUCCCAAACCCCCUCAAUCUUCAUCUCCUGCUAACCUGAAAAACAUACACGCCAGAACUCGAAUUUACGGAAAAGGAUCUUGUCAAUGGCGACUUCAGCAUCACCUCUGAUCAGCCCCUCCUCAGAUAAGCGUUAUUGGAGCACUUUACAUGAAAGGGUCGAAACCCUUCUGGAGAAUCGAAAACCUGAUCUACCCUAUUCUGUUUCCGCCAUGAAUGAUGGAUUAGAGUCGAAUCAAGCUAAGAAAUUGAAGGCGGAUUCUAUGCUUUUGAUCAGAGGUUUUGAUUCAGUCGCUAAUUCACUCUCUCAGCUCACUAGCAACAUCGAAAAAGCCCUUCAGGGAGCCAGGGAACUAGGAAAAUCGUCAACAGUGACGGAAAUAAUCCACAGCAGUAGUAGCGACGAUGCCGAAACAGAUGAAGAUAAGCAACCGGACAGAUCAGAGAAAAAGGGAGUGAAGAGAAAGCUUGAUGCAGAAGAUUGUUCCGACGACGAACGAGACGGUGAAGCAACUCCUGAGAAUAAAAAGAAGCAGAAGCAGCACCAAGCAGAGAUGAACCUUAAGAAAGUUAAAAAUCUGUCAGUUGCAAUGGCGGCGAAAUCCACCUCAAUAGCUAGGGAACUUAAAUCAGUGAAAUCUGAUAUGAGUUUUCUGCAAGAGAGAUGUGGUUUGCUGGAGGAGGAAAACCAGAGACUUCGAGAAGGAUUUGGUAAAGAAGAUAGAGCUGAUGAUGAUGAUUUGGUGAGGCUUCAAUUAGAGGCACUACUUGCUGAAAAAUCAAGACUAGCAACUGAGAACGCGAAUCUAACUAGGGAGAAUCAAUGCCUUCGACAACUUGUCGAGUAUCAUCAAUUCGCCUCUGAAGACUUGUCUGCGUCUUAUGAAAAAGCCAUUCUUGGACUUAGCUUGGACUUCUCUUCUCCAACAGCUGAACAUGAGGACAGUCUUGAAGAUAUACAAACUCCGAGAACAUCAAGAGAGGUUUUUGAGUUUGAGUUUCCGGCCUGCCUUGAUGACAGCUUUGAUGAUGGCUUUGCCGGGGAAGAAGAGCUGCUAAAAGAUUGACUCGGCACUGUCAACAAGAAGGCUGUUAACACUUUCAGAUUUUCUUUUGUACUUUCUCAAAAACUAUUCCAUGUAACAAUAGUAUUGAUCUGUACAUGGGUACUUGUACUUUCUCAACAUAAUGAAAUUUCAGAAAUUUGUUUCAGUGUUAA